AGUCAAAUUUUAUAUGUCAUUUUCGUUCUAUCGACGAUAGAUUUAGGAUAAGUUAGAGAAAACGACGGAUUUAACUUAUUAUUCACAUUCCACAAUUCGAGAGUGAUCCUUCAGAAGGAUCACUAAUUAAAUCUGGGAUUUAUAAAAAAAAUAUUAUACAAAAUGAGUAAAAUCGUGCCGUCUGCUGCGAAACUGUUAGCAGCAAAUUCUCUUACGAAAUCCGUCGGUCCAGCAGCAUCGACGAUCAAAAACUAUAGCACGAAACAAGAAGCUACGUUUCAGAUUAAGCCCUUCAAACUCCACAAAUUGGAUUCAGGGCCAGCCACAACAGCAACACUCACAUCAGAAGAUGCUCUUAAAUUGUAUGAACGUUUGGCCAUAUUGCGUAGAAUUGAAACUGCAUCGGGCAAUCUGUACAAAGAGAAAAUCAUACGUGGCUUCUGCCACUUAUACUCAGGUCAGGAGGCUGUGGCGGUAGGCAUGCGUGCGGCGAUGCGUGACGUGGACUCGGUCAUCACAGCUUAUCGUUGUCACGGUUGGACGUACUUGAUGGGCGUGAGCGUACUCGGGGUACUGUCCGAACUAACCGGCAGAAGGACCGGCUGCUCUAGAGGCAAAGGAGGCUCUAUGCAUUUGUACAGUAAAAACUUCUACGGAGGCAAUGGUAUUGUCGGUGCUCAGGUGCCACUAGGCGCGGGGGUAGCGUUCGCGCACAAGUAUAGACAAGAUGGCGGCGUUUGCUUCGCAUUGUACGGAGACGGCGCCGCCAAUCAGGGGCAGCUGUUCGAGGCUUACAACAUGGCCGCGCUGUGGGACCUGCCCUGCGUGUUCGUUUGCGAAAAUAAUGGAUAUGGUAUGGGCACUAGCGUGGACCGCGCGUCCGCCAGCACCGAGUACUACUCGCGCGGCGACUACGUGCCGGGCAUAUGGGUGGACGGCAUGGACGUGCUCGCCACCAGGGAGGCGACCAAGUACGCGAUCGACUAUUGCACCAGCGGGAAAGGUCCCCUGGUGAUGGAGAUGGAGACGUACCGCUACUCGGGCCACUCGAUGUCGGACCCGGGCACCUCGUACCGCACCCGCGACGAGGUGCAGGAGGUGCGACAGACGCGCGACCCGAUCACCUCGUUCAAGGACAAGCUCAUCAGCAACAACCUCGCCACGCCGGACCAACUCAAGGAAAUCGACGCUAAAAUCCGCACAGAGGUCGACGAAGCCACGAAACGUGCUAAGAGCGAACCAGAAAUAGACGUCGAAGAGCUGAGCGCCGAUAUAUACCAUAAUUGUGUAGAGAACGAAAUCAGGGGCAUACUGCCCAACGCACCGCUGAAACAUCUAGAAGUUGUGCCACGCAAAUAACAAGCUUCACGCACAGGAAAUUAGGUCUGUUAUCCCACUUAGUGUUCUGCGAACGAACGAAAAUUAUUUAUUUUUUAUGUUUAAACUAACUUUUCUUAGUGAAUUUAGUGUUAGAUUGUCGUAAUAUGGCUCGGUAUCUGUGAUAUGGUAGUGGGUGAUUAAGAAUUGGAAUUCAUUAACCCAUUUUAUUUGUAUGAACUGAUCAGAAUCGUUGUAGCUCUGUUGCAGAAGAUUUAUGUUCAGAUGUCGGCUGUGGCAUUACAUUUGUUCCAAUGUACAACUUAUAAAGGCGUUGCGCCUUUGUGGACAGGUCAUUUAUAAUCUUAUUUACUUCAGGUGAUAUCUAUAUAAAAUCCUUCAUUAAAACAAUAGAUAUAUAUUGACUAUUUUUGUACUUUGUUUGACUUAAUAUUAUUGUUUCUGUAAUUAUUACUGGUAUUUUACACACAAUCUUUGUGUUGACUUUAUAUAACAUCACGUUUUGUAAGCAUGAUCCCCGCCAUAUCACAGUAGAUAUAUAUAUAUUUUUUGUAAGCGACAGUGAAGAUUUUGAAAUGCUUAUUUUUACAGUUACAAACGAUUUUAUUAUUGUAAGAAAUUAUGAUUGUAUUCUAUGUAUAUCAAUUUUUUUUUCUUUCGAGAUUUUAUUUUUUAUAAUCAUUGUAUAUUUAAGCUUUAAACUGCCUCCGACAUAUUUUAGUAUCACUGUUAAAAUUAUAUAUAAUAUAAUCGUGUAUGUAUCUGUUUGUUUAUUGUUAAGGGAAAUACAGAAUAUUAUUUAU